AUGAGGCCUUCUCCAUCCCUCUUCCUUAGUGGUCGAGACAGUUGGACACCUGAAUCUUCCAUAUUGGCAACAUCGGAAGCAUUUCUCCCAUCGCGUGCGCCAUUGAUACUCGGUCUCCACUCUCCUCUCCUUCUUCCACUUGUCUACAUCUUAUACCCCAGUGAAUGGAUCCCGGGGAAAGUCGAUCGGCGUCAUGUUUUUGGUUUAGCAGCGCAAACCGUGUAUAAAACCUUCCCCUUCCCUCCAUAUAGCUAUGUAACGAGAUACAAACCACAGUCCGAUCUCGCUCCGGCUUGCUAG